GGAUGAAUGAGUUAAAUCGACCAAAACAAAAUCGUCUGGAUGGCGUGGCGUAGACCGUAUACACAGCACGUCAGUCAGUCAACCGGCAGGGCAGCACCUCUGCCUGCCUCUACCUACGUUGCCCAUUCUUGUCAGUCAGGCGGUUGUUCAGUCAGUCAGUCAGUCAGUCAGUCAGAAGACUGUGGUUUUCUUGGCAGCUGCGGCGUCUUUGCCCUCCUCCAUCAUUUGGUCCUGGGCCGCCACCACCCGCAGCACCGUCUUCUUGCUGCUCUCCUGCAGCUCACCAGAUAUCAACAACUCGUCCAGUAUGUAAUACGCCUGUUUGCAAAGACACCACACCAACACACAUCCUGUGUGUGUAAUACUGCCAAUGGCCUGCCCUGCCCUGCUGUGGGCGUGUGUAGCGUGCCUUGCCUUGUGGAAGUUGAAUAUGAGGUCGAGUUCGCAGACGUUGCCGAAGUACCUGUCGAGUAUCUCGACAAAGUGGUGGAUCACCUCCAGUGUGAUCAGCUCGUUGUCGUCCUUGUCGACGCACGCCACAAAGUACAAACUCGCAUACCUACACACAGAUAGACACUCACACAGUCAGACAGACAGACAGACGGACAGAAAGCCGCUGUGUGUCAAUAUAAUGUGCUGGGCGUCUCCUGGAAUGAGUGGAACGCUCAGCUGGCCUGCGCACGCACCGUUUGAAGACGAGUUUGUAGUCCCUCCACUCGAGGAAGUUGCAUAGCUUGGGCGGCCUGUUGAGCACCAGCUGCGCUAUCUCCCGGAUGGUCUUCUGCCGCUCCUUCUGCGGCUGAGGAACAAACCACUUGGCCAGACGCGUCUUGCCCUGCCGAGAUAUCAGCAGAAUGAACUGAAUCGUCAUCUCUCUCCACGGCCGCGCUGCGCUGCGCUGCGAUGCUGAUCUUCAACUGAUCUUCAACUCAAUGUCAUGCGGAUCAGAUCUAUCUGACCACAAAGGCAGCAGUGUGGCACACAAGGUGUCGGAUCUGCUGCAUCUGGCUGAG